GGAGUAGUAAACUCUGCUCAGAAGCCAUCGUAAGCCAUAAUACCUCUUUCUUUUUGAGUCGAUCUUGAGGCAGUCGGUGCAAAGUCCCUCCGAGGGAAUGUUGCUGGGUGUAAAUUCCGGGGUAAAAAGGUUGACGAGCAGGAGAGGAGUUGCUCCGGGAAUUGCUCCGAUGCUAGUGCGGGGUAGUUUACGCCCCUCCUUCUCCUCUUCUCUUUUCCUCUCUUCCUGCUAUCUGUUCUCUUCUGUCCUUCUUGUUUCUUCUCCUGUUUCAAUUUCCUCUCUAAGGGUAUCCCAUCGUAAACGUGUGCUCAAGCCUCAAUUCCACCCCUAUUCUUCAAAGAAACCGUCGCCAUUCAUCAUGGGUCUCGCCGACACGCGCUUCAAGCUCAACACCGGAGCUGAGAUCCCAGCGCUGGGUCUCGGAACCUGGCAGUCCGCCCCUGGAGAGGUCGAGAAGGCCGUGCGCCAUGCCAUUCAGGUCGGAUACCGUCACAUCGACACGGCAUUCGCCUACCAGAACGAGAACGAAGUGGGCAAGGCGAUUAACGAAGCCAUCGCUGCCGGUGAAGUCAAGCGUGAGGAGCUAUUCGUCACCACCAAGCUCUGGUGUACAGGGCACGCCCGGGUGGCGGAGGCUUUGGACCAAAGCUUGAAGACGCUGGGACUCGACUACCUUGAUCUGUACCUCGUUCACUGGCCUGUGGCCAUGAACCCGAAUGGCAAUCACCCAGUUGUUCCCAAGCUGCCCGACGGCUCGCGCGAUAUGCACCGCGACCACUCGCACGUCGAGACAUGGAAGAGCAUGGAAAAGCUGGUUGGCACCGGCAAGACAAAGGCCAUUGGCGUCUGCAACUACAGCCGGCCCUACCUGGAGGAGCUCCUCGCUCAAGCCACCAUCGUCCCCGCCGUCAACCAGAUCGAGAACCACCCCGCCCUGCCCCAGCAGGAGGCCGUGGACUUCUGCAAGGAGAAGGGCAUUCACAUCACCGCGUACAGCCCUCUCGGCAGCACGGGUAGUCCGUUAUUCUCCGCGGAGCCUAUUGUCGAGGUGGCAAAGAAGAAGGACGUCUCCCCCGCUGCGGUCCUUCUGAGCUGGCACAUUGCACGGGGCUCCUCCGUUCUCGCCAAGUCGGUGACUCCUUCUCGGAUCGAGGCUAACCGCCAGCUGGUGGAGCUCGACGAGUCGGAUCUGGCUACUAUCGCCAAGUACACGGACGAGUUGGCUCGGACGAAGAGCUUCAAGCGUUACGUUUUCCCCCCAUUUGGCGUUGACUUCGGUUUCCCCGACAAGAUUGGCAGUGUAUAAACCCCGAACGACAUAUCAGGACAUACUUUAUCUAGUACAUACUUUAUUGAUGGCAGAAGGCUUAUAGACAGAUAGGGGCCAUCAGAUGGAUGGCCCAAUGGCGAGGACAAAGAGUACAUACAUGUAUAAGACCUUAUUGUAGAACUCUGCAUGACUGAAAUGACAUUGGAGCGACGCUAUAUGGUACAUGUACAACCGCUG